AUGGGGAUCUUAAAAAGGAGGAGGAGGAAAUUAGCACGCGCUCUGCUCAUUGAUUUCUUUAAGAUGGAGAAAAAGAAAAUUCUAAUGAAAUCCAAGGUUGCCGCUCCUAACCUCCUGAGGGCACUGCAUUCUCUGUACCAGUUCGGUCACCUCUGUGAUGUGACAGUUCACACACAGCAUCUUGGAAUUCAGGAGGAGUUUCUGGUUCACAAAGCUGUCUUGGCAGCUUCCAGCAACUAUUUCAAGGGGCUGUUCCUGCAUGAUGAGAUGCUGGACACCAAGAAUUGCACGGUGACUCUGCAAGACAUUUACACGGAAGAGUUCACCUCCUUCCUGGAGUUUGUUUACACUGCGGAAGUGGAGAUUGAAGCGGAAAAACUGCAGCGGAUGAAAGAAAUAGCCGAAAGACUUGAAUGCAAGGAUUUGCUGGACAUUUGUGAAGAAGUGAAAGCAGAGGGCAGGAAGGGUUUAGAUUUGAGCCUCCAUCUGAAAGGUGAGCUGUGUGAAAAUGGUGGGCCACAGUGGACUCACAUCCAGCAAGAGGAGGACCACAAACUGAGUAACUCUUCCCAAGUUGUGGCAAUACCCAUGCAGAGGAAACUUUGGGAUAGGCAAAAACAUAAAAAGUUGCUGGCUGGCUACGAACUCAUUGAAGGCCAACCGGCAAGCCUGGAGCAAGAGGACACUGCUUUUCCAGAACCAAAAUCCAGGACAGCAAAGCUACUGAAAUGUAACAAGGCGGAUACCAGAAACAGACUCAGUAUGGAUAUCAUUAGUCUGGAAAACGAGAACAGUCGUUCUCUCCUAAGUCAGACUGAGUCAAAGGAAGCCCGUGCAGUAAUUGGGAACGCGCUGCCUGAGCAGUGGGAAGACGAAAACAGUUUCAUUUCCAAAUUUGCCAGUAAAACCGAACGUCGGAAAUCACCACGGCACGUGGCGAAAGUCUUGCCGCAGAUCGCGUGCGAGAAGUGCAACGAAUCGUUCCCCGUUUUCAAGCAGUACCAGUCGCACAUGGAGCUCAAGCAUGACGCUAAUCUGGCUGUCAAGUACAGCUGCAACGCAUGUGAGCAGCUCUUCUCCACUCACCGGCACCUCCGGCAGCACCGCCUCGCCGUUCAUAGCGACGAGCGGGGCUUCUCCUGCGUGUUUUGCGACAAGAGGUUUAAGCGCCAGAAGGACAUAAAUGACCAUAUCCGCAGGGUGCAUGAGAAGAAGCGGGAUCCCCAGGCCUGCCCGUACUGCGACAAGGUCAUCAGUUCCAAGUGCGGCCUGACAGUCCACAUACGAACGCACACCGGGGAGAAACCUUAUAAAUGCGAGCGCUGCCCCGCCAGCUUUGCUCAGAGGUCUGCUUACAAUACUCACGUAAGAAAAAUCCACGAGUCUGGGCAAGAGAGGAAACUCAUGCCUGUCUACUGGAUGGUAGUUCCGCCUGCGCACAGACCGAAUGCAGCAAGCUGUGGCAAAGAUCCCGACAGAGGGACGUGGGGUGCGAUGUCGGAGGCUGAACGACACAAGUGUGCGGGGCGCGAAGAGGCCGCAAAUCGUGAGGAAGAACCCGGGGGCUCAUCUGUUACCAAAGCAGACUGUAGCAACGAGCAAGAGCAACGGAAGCGGAAAUAUAAGGAAGCUGAAGGAGAGGAGGAGGUAGAUGACGAAGCGGGGUAUUCGGAAGUUGAAGACAGCAGAGGUAACGAGGAGGUCUGUUCUGAGGAGGAUGAUGAGGAUGAUGAAUACGCUAAUGAGAAGGAUGGUGAAGAAUGUGAAUCAGAUGAAGAGUUUAAAAUAAAGAAGGUAAAUAAGAGCGGGGUGAAUAACAAAUCUGCCUACGUAAUAACGUGCGAUAAGUGUAACGAGCAGUUUGUUUCCCGGAAAAAGUACGUGGAUCACUGCAGAGACGUCCAUCAGUGCUUGCCUGGUAAAGUCUAUCAGUGUGACAUCUGCAGCAAGUCGUUUGCUAGUUACAACAGCUGGAAGGAGCACCGAGCCUGUGUCCACACUGAAGAAAGGCAGUUUGCCUGCACCCUUUGCAACGCUACUUUUAAAAGAAAGAGAGACGUGAGGACACAUUAUAUGCGGAAGCACGAAGGCAGGGUCAAACGCCCUCUCUGCUCUGUCUGCGGGAAGAUCCUCAGCUCCCGAACAGCCCUAGUGUUCCAUAUGCGGACGCAUACGGGAGAAAAACCUUACGAAUGUGGCAUUUGUCAUUCAAAAUUUGCUCAGCCAUCGCAACUUAAGAUCCAUACCAGGUCCCAUACAGGGGAAAAGCCAUAUAUUUGUGAGGACUGUGGGGCCUGCUUUGCCGAUAAAGGCAAACUCACUGGCCACAAAAGGACCCACACAGGAGAACGCCUUUUUAAAUGUGAUGUGUGUGGAAAACAUUUUGCCACCAACGAAUACUUAAAAUGCCAUAAACGAUGCCACAUGGGUGCUAAGCCCUACAAGUGCGAGGUUUGUGGGAAGAUGUUUGGACUGAGGGCCUCGCUAGCCCAGCACAGUAACGUCCAUGCAGAGACCCGUCCGUAUUUCUGCGAACAGUGCGGGAAAACAUUCACCCAACAGGGCGCUCUCCGCCGCCACCAGCGCAUUCACACCGGGGAAAAGCCGUACAAGUGCAGAGCUUGCGAGAGAACCUUCACGGACAUGUCCACCUUGCGCAGACACGUGUCGAUUCAUGACCGCAAUGCUCACUGGAGAAGUUUCUUAAUAGAUCUUACAACCAAAAAAGACCAUAAUUGGUCCAAAAUAGAAACGUUUUCAGAAGCCUGUACGGGUGAAGACUCUGCGCCGGAAAUUUGGUCAGUUGACCAAGGUAAACUUUAUAAACCAGAAAGCGUUGUUCGUAAAAAAGUAGAACAUGUGCCAUCUAGUGUUG